AUGCGGCUCUACGGAAUCGACCACUAUAACGCCUUGCGAGUGGCAGUCAGCCCAGAUGGCAAGCAUGUGUACGCCACUGUUGGAAAUGAGAUGUUUUACAUGAGCGGAGUGGCUCAUGAUGGUGGCUGGAAAGCCAUUCCGGGUGGAUUCAAGCAGGUCCAAGUAGGUGACAAUGGAAUUCUCUAUGGAGUUGACCAGUACAACAAUGCCUUCAAACGUGACCCCGGUAGCCUCAAGAGCACGUUCUUGAAGGGUGGGAAAAACAAGAGAUUCGUUGCUGCUAACGGCUUGGGCAAUCUAAUCUUCGCUUUGGACGAAGGGACCAACGCAGCUUCCCUCUUUCGUUUCUCAACCGGCCAUUGGGUUGGCGCAGUGAAUACACAAUUUGUGUCACGCACGCAGGGAUUUUGGAACUUUGCUCUCAACUAUGCUGGGUCAAUCUUUGCCGGCUGCAGUGCUGCGCAUCACAGCCAACUCUGGGGGCUCUAUCGGACCAAUUAUAACGGAUUCACCGAAUUUUCCAAUUUUUACCACAUUCCGCUUCCCGCUGGCGUCGAUGGUUGUCUCAAUGUUGCGAUUGGCAACUUUGAUGAUUUAUGGUUGGUGGACCGCAAGUACAAGCUCCACCGUGGCAAAAUGGGUAUGAUUUCAGGUCAACAGACCGCGACGACCUUCAACUGGGAAGUUUUGGAAGGCAUGAGGGUUUCGCAAGUGGCAGUUACAAAGGACGGUCAAGUGUAUGGAGUAACGUUGGACGGGCACGGGAUCCUCCACUGCCCCAAGGACAACCCAGCUACCGAUUUCGAAAGUCGUUGCGAGUACCUUCAUGGCCCGAAAGGAACCAUUCCCGACACGAGUUACGACUUUGACAUUCUCUAG